UUCCCCGAUCCUGAUCCCCACCUCCCGCCCCAACCGGCGCUGCUGCCGCCGUCCCGCCCCGCCCCCCACCGAAGACGCAGCCGCCGCCCAGACGUGCCCCAACCGGAGACGUGAUCGCCGCCCACACGCGCCCCUGCCCCACCGCUCCCGUCCCAGUAUCCGGCCGCCGCCCCCGCCCCAGGAUCCGGCCGCCGUGCUGCCAUCCUCCCCCUAUGGCACGCGCCGCCACCCCUACCUUCCACCUCCGGCCAGGCGCACAGCCAUGAAGCAUCCCCCAGCCAGCAUGCGCCGCCGCCUCCACCUCCACCUCCCUCCCACGGUAGCUCCUGCUGCCGCGACGCGCCUCCAGCAAGCACGCGCCGCCGACCACACCCUCCUUCCCGAUCAGCACGCCUCCCUCUGAACGAGUCGCCAUUGUCUGACCAUGGCGAGCCACCAUGGACGGCUUCCUCCUCUGGCCAUCGCCGCAGUCCAUUGCCUCCUCUUACCGAGUGCCUCCCCCAUGCAGCGCCAGCUGGCCCCUCCUGCUGCCAUCCUGUACACCUGUGACGAUCCCCAUCCGGCCGCCUUCCCAUCACUUCCGUUCAGUGCAACCUACCCAGCCCCUUUCCUAUCGAUGACCGACAUGGCCCUCCACUGGAAGCACGCGGCUUCUCUUCAAUGUCAGGUGCGGUCGUCUGAGUGCUUAAUCGCUUGCACUAGUGCUUCUAACUUGUCGAUGAAGGUGCUGCAUGGUGUGCCACCUCGUUUUUGGAUGGGCCACCAUCGUGACCCAGCGUCUCCCCUGCGGUUCACAUCCCGUCUGCCGUCAUGGUUGUCCUGUGUCCUUGCGACCUCUGCGGCCAGUCACCAACGCCUAUUAGUGUGCCAUGAGCGAGGCAUGGGGUACAUGCUAAUCCGUGUCUGCAUGCAUGCUGGCGUGUGUGCGUGCAUUGGAUGUGUUGCUUGCGUGCUUUGAUAUAUGUUGUAUAGCUGGGUGUGCUGCUUGCGUGCUAUGAUAUAUGCUGGGUGUGUUGCUUGCGUGCGUGCACUGGAAAAAAACGAGUUUUCUUCUCCAAAAUGCAUCAACAUUAUGGAGUACUAAUUCUUCUUAUGUGCUUCUACCGAGGCUUGUGUUUCAUGAAGAGAGACAGAGACACUAAGGAAACCAUUCAUAUCUCCAUUCUGUCUAUGUACUUAAAAGAAAUUUUGUAAAAGAGGUUAAUGGCGUAAUAUGUUCAAGAAAUUUAGAUUUU